AUGCCAUCACGAUUGAGCGCGUGCAGAAACGCCCUUCGGCAAAAGUCAUCAUCCUCAAGAAAAACCUUCAGCAUUUCAUCUAGAACUCUGCAACUAGAAACGCCUAUCGAGGAAGAAACUCUCCCUCACUAUAAACCUAAGCAGUACUACCCCGUCAACAUCGGAGACGUAUACAAGGCCAGGUACCAGGUCGCGGGAAAGCUUGGCUAUGGGGCGUAUUCAACCAGUUGGCUAUGCCGAGAUCUCCAGGACAAGAAAUACAGAGUAUUAAAGCUGUUCACAUCUCUGCCAAAAUUUCCCACUGCAACUGAUCGCGAGCUAAAGAUUUAUGAGCAUCUCGCGAAAGUCAAUUCUACGCAACCAGGGCAAGCGCUGAUCCGCAAGCUUUAUGAUUCAUUUGAUCUUCAAGGGCCUGUCGGUAGACACCGCUGCCUCGUGCUGCAGCCAAUGCACAUGACGCUUCUUGAGAUGACGAGACUGAACUCGAGGCCGUUUGAUCUACCCCUCCUCAAAAUGACACUUAAACGCCUUUUACUGGCCCUUGACUUCUUGCAUACAGAAGCCGAGAUAAUUCAUGUUGACCUAAAGACCGACAAUCUUAUGCUCAGUCUAGAGGUUAAUACCAUGCUGGCCGAUUUCGCGAAAGCAAACGUCGAGGAUCCUAGCCCUCGGAAGAAGAUUGAUGAAUCACGUAUCAUCUACAAGAGCAGUAGGUUCCGCCGACCUGCUGAAGGCCAAAGCUAUGGACUCCCGAUUCUGUGCGACUUUGGUGAGGCACGAAUUGGCAAGACACAGGUGUCCGGCACGUUCGUCCAACCGCAUGUUUACAGGGCACCGGAGAUUAUCUUCGAGAUGCCAUGGUGGACUGCUAUAGACAUUUGGAACCUAGCAGGUCUGAUCUGGGACCUCGUUGAAGGCGAGCACCUAUUUGGAGACAUAUUCGAUACCAAAGGAGGCCACGACCCGUUCAAGUAUCUGGCGCUCAUGGUCGCAUUGGUUGUGCCACCGCCGAGCGAAUUUGUUACACUCAGUGAGACGAUGGAGCAGUGUUUUGACCCCAAUGGCGCCUGGGUUGCCCACGAAGAUGCAGCCAUACCGUUGGUUUCCCUGGAGACUCUAGAGACGCGACUCUCUGGACAAGAGAAAGCACUUUUUAUUCAGUUUAUGAGGUCAAUGCUCAAGUGGCUACCAGGGGAACGCAAGACGGCAAGACAGUUGCUUGAAGAUCCAUGGUUGCUCUAG